AUGGACCGGGCUGCUUCCGUCGAGCACUGCAUCAGGGAAGGGCUGCUCCCAGAAGAGCUUUGUAGGGAGUUGAGGCUGCUGCACCUCGUUGCCGGGGUGCCAGGAUACCGCCCGAACUGUACGGCCUGCACCCUGCUGGCCUGCCCCAAAUGGGGCUGGCCGGCCCUACUCCGUGCACGGGAGCUUGCUCGGGAUGCUGCAGAAGACUUCUUCGACGAGUUUGGGGGCCUCUGGCCGGAGACUACGGCCACUGUGUGCUGGUUUCCUGGCUCUUCGCUGCCUGUUCACACAGACGACUGCAAGGAGUACCUCUCCAAGCGGCAUGUCUCGGUGGUGAUCUGGUUGAGCAGCCAGGGCGUGGACUUCGAGGGCGGUGACUUCUUCUUUGAAGUUGAAGGUGCCAGCGGGGAGUCUCGGGAAGUGGUCUCCCCAAGGGCGGGCAACGCGGCGCUUUUUCGGGCCAGCGAGCGCCACGGCCUGCGCACGGUUCUGCGCGGAGCGAGGCUGGCUUUGAACAUUUGGUUCACGCGGGAUCCCAGUGCCGCCGAGGAUUCCCGGCUCCUGGGCCCAGAGGGCCUUGUUUUGGGCUGGGGCCGCGGGUUGUCUCAGCGAUUCUUCGGAGCCGGGCCUCAAAGGACUUGGCCCGAGGACGAGGCCUCAGGUCGCCUGGCCAAGCGCACUCUUGCACAGGCAAACCUCCCGCCACGUGGCCGAGCCCUGAGGCCGCGCAAAAAGCGCAGCCGCUGCAAGGAAGGCCUGCAACCGGUGUCGACGUCUCCCCUGCCACCCUCGCGGCGUGCACGCCUGGCCGUGGCUGCACACCGGAAGCUCUUGGCCGUGCCAGGCUCGAAGUCGCCUGACUGGCACGGCGGGCACGGGCACGGCUUCUUUCGUCUGGUCUGGCGCCGGGAGCGCCAGGUCAGGGCAGCACUGCCACGGUGGCAUCAGCAUGGUCUUCUCUCCAUCGGCCCUCUGAGCUCUCCUCAUAGUCACGACUGCGGGCAGUUAGGAGGGCGCAGCAGUGCACUCGUGGAGCACAAUGAUUACGUUCCAGGCCUGACAAUCGCCCGAGGCGCUCUGGGCUCUGCACUGCAGCGGAGGUUGAAGAAGCUGGCGGAUGGUUUGAUGACCUCCCAAGAGGGCCAGCUAUUGAAUCAGUCCAUGCGCUUCGGCAGCGACGUUCCUCCUUGGGCCUAUGCCAUCGUGCGGAGGAUCCGAAGACUCCGCGGCUUCUUCACAAAGCCGAGGGCCUUCGACCAGCUCAUCGCCCGGUCCCCGGACUCCGAAUCGGAGAAGCCUUCACCCGAUUUCCAACAAAGCACCGUCGAGGUGCCAGAAAGGGCAUGA